AUGUACGAAAGAAAGAGACGACUGUUGGCUUUUGGCUCUGUGAUUCUGUUCCUCGCUUUGCUUCGCCCGACGUUGGCCCAACAAGGAACAUUAUCUUCGCUGCCCACGUGUGCUCUGGUAUGCUUGAAGAAUGAGAUCGAGACGUCGUCAUGCGCGGCUACCAACGCGACCUGUGUCUGUCUUGACCAUGUACUGCAAACCAACGUAGCAAUAUGCGUGGCCAGUAACUGCAACGUUGAGGAUUCCCUAGUUGCCCAAAAUGUCACAAAGACAGCAUGCUUAGAGCCGGUCCGAGAUAUCAGCGCCAACUAUUACGCGCUAUCCAUUUCAUUCGGAGUGAUAUCAGCUACGGCGGUCCUCUUUAGAUUGAUUGCGAAAUUCUUCACCUCUUCCGCGUUCGGGCUGGACGAUCUCUUCAUUUUCAUUACGCUCCUUGCAGGUGUUCCUAGCGAGGUGCUCACCGUAUAUGGCGUACUUUCCAACGGCUUGGGCAGAGAUAUUUGGACCCUCACGCCUAAGCAGAUCACGGACUUUCUCCGGGCGUUCUACUUCAUGGAGAUCUUGUACUUCUUCCAUGUCUGCCUGCUGAAAGCCACGCUGCUCUUCUUCUACUUGCGCAUCUUCCCGGGGCCGGGGAUCAAGAAGCUGAUGCGGGGCACGAUCAUCUUCAACUUCGUCAAUGGACUCGUCUUCGUCCUCUUGGCCAUCUUCCCAUGCAAGCCUAUCAGCUACUACUGGACCCGAUGGGAUGGCGAGCACGAAGGGAAGUGCAUGAACCUCAAUGUCCUCGGGUGGUCGAACGCGGCAGUCAGUAUCCUGCUGGACUUCUGGAUGCUCGCACUUCCACUCUCGCAACUCUCCAGCCUCAAAAUGCACUGGAAGAAGAAGCUGGGCGUCGCCGUGAUGUUUGUUGUUGGCACCUUCGUUACGGUGGUGAGCAUCAUCCGGCUGCAAUCCUUGGUCUCGUUCUCGAAUUCGCAGAAUCCAACCUGGGAUAACCUUCCCGUCUCGCUGUGGUCCACGGUAGAAGUGAGCAUUGGCUUGAUAUGCGCCUGCAUGCCCACUCUCCGACUCGUCCUCGUCCGCCUGUUACCGAGGUCGUUGAGUACGACCCAGCUAUCACGGACGAGAAACAACUACUACGGGACGCAGGGCCAUACAGCGACGGCGGGCACAAUCUCUGUGGUGCGGCCGAAGGGGAAGUCAGAGAUGGAUAUCCCCCGCGACGGCAUUCGGUGCGAGCAGAGUUUUUCCGUGCAUCAUGAUGACCGAUGGGACCAUGAUGAGUUGGAGCUGAUCGAGUUGAGUGAAUUUGAUAGUCAGAAGAAUGGCAAGACGCCGAUCCCACUCACCAAUAGAGACCACCGCCCUCCAUUCACCAUGUCCAGUCUCACCUUCAAGAACUAUUGCAGCCACUGCGGUCAAUCCAGCUCCCCUUCCCCCAUUUGCAAAUACGACGGGGCCCAGUGUUUCCCCUCCAAGGCGCAAUACCAGAAGUCGAUUGGGAUAGUCAGGAAGGGAGCCCUUGACGAAGAUCCCGUCCAGAAGCACAUCCAGCCGAAGAAAGCAGAGGAGGAGAAAAGCGCAGAGGAAAGGGAUGAGACGAAAGGGGAUGGGGAGCGGCGAUUUGACUGA